AUACUCCCAAUAUUACAAAUGAGGAAAUAGGGCUAAAAGAGAAGAUAACAUUAUUUAGCUUCCACUUCCAAAUUCCACUGCCACUUCCUUUUCCUCUUCUCCCCUUGCACAGAGAAUGAGCAUUAGGGAGAGGAUACCAUGCUGCUCCAGAUAAAGGAGAUCUGGAAAUGGUCCAGCUUUAUAAAAACUUUAGUGUGGGUGGGGAAGGAAAUUUUAAAUUUUAAGACAAAGAGCCCUCAAUUAAGAACCCUAAGCAGAGUUUUCUGUCCAGUACUGUAAAUUCCUAAUAUAUUACUCUAUAACUUGCAAAUAUUUGUGUCUAUGUCAUAGUGGUAUAAUUUCUGAGAUUCAAGAGAAGUUGUUGCAACAUCUGACAGUAUCCUUGUUAUGAUUUUUAAGGAAAAGGGAAAUUAUUUGUCAGCACAUCGGACCAGAUAUCUGUAAAGAUUCUAUCUUUUACACAUUGUUACUUGCUCAUCCGACUCCUCUGGGUGAAGAUAAUACCUCGUUUCUCAGGCUCUGUGAGAUGUCUGGGUACGAAUGGAGAGACAGUGAGCUCUCCCAUAAUUGGCCGGGGGGAAGGGCCUUAGGCGGGGCCAGACAGAGUGAGACCGGUGGUUGAAACCGAUCGGAAGACUGGAGCUACUCCAGGUUGAUAGGAUUCCAGCUUCUUUCUACCCCGUGUGAGAGGACUUCAGUGUGGGGCAGCACAUACUCCAGUCACUCUGUACUGUUGAGAGGGAUUUCAACUAAGGAGCAGCGAACACAAUUCAGUGAAGCUCCUGCUACUAUUCACCCUAAGUGUUUGGACGAUAUGCAGUAGCUGAAAAGACUGGGGCUCCUCGGAGUUUAAAGCUGGAAAGUCUCUUCUGCUCUUAAUUCAGAGGGACCGGAAAAAAAGGAGCACCUAGAAGACACUGAGGGGGUGGAGGCGAAUAUUUCUUUAAGUCCUUGGGCUAUCCUGCUGCAGCCAGUUUUGACUCGCACCAGGACUUGAUGUACAAAACGAAGCUGGGAGAAAAACGGAGUUCUGUCUUAGGUUCAGUGGCUUGGGUUUGGAUGGGCUUUGCAGCCGAGGAAGGGAGACAUCCCAGAGAGUCUAACGAUUUGCCCAGUCUCAGUGGUAGAGUUGUGAGUCGACCAAUUGCGCCAGAAUUCCUACUGGCAAAAAGAGGAGCAGCCUGAGUUCUCUCCGCUGGAACCACGUUAACAAAAAGAUAUCCCCACAAUUACUCUCUCGUCCUCCCUUUAACUCCCCCCCCAAUCUACAAACCUGGGAAAAACAGCCAGCCUCCACCCCUUCCCAGAGGAUGGAGGAUCAGUGUUAAGAGUGACAAGCUUCCGCCUUUUUUAAGCCUAGAAAACUGACCAUCCCCUGGGCUUAGCCAAAGUGAACUUUUUUUUCCUCUCCCCUUCCUUUUGGACAUCUCUCCCCCCCUUCUCCUUUCUAUUCCCUCCUCCCUGAGGACGAGGGCGGAGGAGAGGAGGGGGUGUCCGGGUCGUCAUGACAGAGCUGAAGGCAAAGGAUCCCCGGACUCCCCACGUGGUGGAUGGUGCACCUUCCCCCUCCGAGGUUGAAUCCCCCCUUUUGGGUCACCCGGACUCCGACCCUUUCCAAUCCGUCCAGAACUCGGAAACCUCUGCGGUGGUUACGGCGCUCCCCAUCUCCCUGGAUGGAUUGCUCUUCACCAGAAGCAGCGACGAAGAGGAGCCGCCGGACGGGAAGGGGGAUGGCGAGCAGGCGCUGCCCGAGGUGGACGGCGCAUAUCCCGUAGUAGGAGCAGGAUCAGGUGGAGGAGGAAGAACUGGCAGCGUCCGACCCCCAGAUAAGGACAGCGGGCUGCUGGACAGUGUCCUGGACACGCUGCUGGCGCCCCCGGGGCCAGGACACGGUCACGCCAGCCCCCCCGCCUGCGUCGCCACCCCCUGGUGCCUCUUUGGCACCGAGCUCCCUGAAGACCCUGGGGCAGCCACCUCAUCCCAGGGGGCGCUGCCGCGGCUCAUGAACCGGCUGCCGGUCAAGGAGGGAGAAGUCUCUGGUGCUGCUGCCUCGCACAAGGUCCCUCCAGGGGAACCGCCUCCGUCCCGGCCGCUGCUGGCUGCCAGCCCCCAGUGGCCUGAGGCAGCAGCUAAGCUGCCGCUGCCGCGGGCCGAGGAUGGGCCCGAGAGCUCGGCGGGGCACCUCCCCAAGGGCAGAUCCAGGACCUUAGCAGGCGGCGGCGUCGGGGCGGCGGUGGCUACGGCCCCGACCCUGCCUUCCGCGGGAGGUGUCCCCCCGGUGCCUAAGGACGAUCCCCGCUUCUCAGGGCCCAGGGCCGGCCCUGCGGCCGAGCAGGACCAGUUGACGGCCCCGGGUCGCUCCCCGCUGGCCACCUCGCUGAUGGACUUCAUCCACCUGCCCAUCCUGCCAAUCAACCCAGCCUUCCUGGCGGCCCGCACCCGGCACCUGCUGGAGGUGGAAGGCUACGAGGGCGGCUCCGGAGCCUUCACGCAGCCCCGGGACUCGCCCGCUUCCUCGUCCAUCCCGGGAGCAGGCAGCGACUUCCCCGACUGCGCCUUCCAGACGGACGCCGAGCCCAAGGAAGACACUUACCCACUGUACGGAGACUUCCAGCCGCCGACGCUGAAGAUCAAGGAGGAGGAAGGUGGGGACGGUGCAGCCCCCUCCCCGCGCUCUUACCUGGUGCCCGGCCCCAACCCGGCCGUCGGCCCCGACUUCGCCCAGGGACCCCAGCUGCCGCCGCCUCCUCCCCCGCCCCGGGCGCCUUCGUCAAGACCAGGGGACUUGUCUGCAGCCCCAGCCAACGCUUCUUCCUCGUCCUCCUCCUCGUCGUCGUCGUCCUCCUCCGCGCCCGCCGCCGCCGCAGCCUCGCUCUCCACCCUCGAGUGCAUCCUUUACAAAGCCGAGUCGGCGCCGCCUCAGCCCGGCCCCUUCGGGCCGCUGCACUGCAAAGGGCCAAGCGGAGCCGGCUGCCUCCUGCCGCGGGACAGCCUGCCCUCCACCUCGGCCUCGGCCGCCGCCGGCGGGGCCUCAGCACUCUACCAGCCGCUCGGGCUGAACGGGCUCCCGCAGCUGGGCUACCAAGCGGCCGUUCUGAAGGAGGGCUUGCCGCAGGUCUACCCCUCCUAUCUGAACUACCUGAGGCCAGAUACAGAAGCCAGCCAGAGUCCUCAAUAUGGUUUCGAAUCAUUACCUCAGAAGAUUUGUUUAAUCUGUGGGGAUGAAGCUUCUGGUUGUCACUAUGGAGUCCUUACCUGUGGAAGCUGUAAGGUCUUCUUUAAAAGGGCAAUGGAAGGACAACAUAACUAUUUAUGUGCUGGGAGAAAUGACUGCAUAGUUGAUAAAAUUCGCAGAAAAAACUGUCCAGCAUGUCGUCUAAGAAAAUGCUGUCAGGCCGGCAUGGUCCUUGGAGGUCGAAAAUUUAAAAAGUUCAAUAAAGUCAGAGUUAUGAGAGCAUUAGAUGCUGUUGCUCUUCCACAGCCAGUGGGCCUUCCAAAUGAGAGCCAAGCUCUAACACAGAGAAUCACCUUUUCACCAAAUCAAGAAAUUCAGUUGAUUCCCCCACUGAUCAACCUGCUACUGAGCAUUGAGCCAGAUGUUAUCUAUGCAGGAUAUGACAACACAAAACCUGAAACGUCCAGUUCUUUGCUGAACAGUCUAAAUCAACUAGCUGAGAGGCAACUCCUUUCUGUAGUCAAGUGGUCUAAAUCACUGCCAGGAUUCCGUAACUUACAUAUUGAUGAUCAGAUAACUCUCAUCCAAUAUUCUUGGAUGAGUUUAAUGGUGUUUGGACUGGGGUGGAGAUCAUAUAAACAUGUCAGUGGUCAAAUGCUAUAUUUUGCACCUGAUCUGAUACUUAAUGAACAGCGAAUGAAAGAAUCAUCAUUCUACUCCUUAUGCCUUACCAUGUGGCAGAUCCCACAGGAAUUUGUCAAGCUUCAAGUUACCCAAGAAGAAUUUCUCUGUAUGAAAGUGUUAUUGCUUCUCAAUACAAUCCCAUUGGAAGGGCUGAGAAGCCAGAACCAGUUUGAUGAGAUGAGAUCAGGCUACAUUAGAGAGCUCAUCAAAGCCAUUGGUCUGAGGCAGAAAGGAGUUGUGGCUAGCUCACAGCGUUUCUACCAACUGACAAGAUUAAUGGACUCCCUGCAUGAUCUUGUGAAACAGCUCCAUCUCUACUGCUUGAACACAUUUAUCCAGUCCCGGGCACUGAGUGUUGACUUUCCAGAAAUGAUGUCUGAAGUUAUUGCUGCACAGUUACCCAAGAUUCUUGCGGGGAUGGUGAAACCUCUUCUCUUUCAUAAAAAAUGAAUGUUGAUUUUUUUUUCUUCUUAAAAAAAUAAUUACAUUUUGUGGAAUUUCUGUUUUGUUUUGGUCAAGAUUUUGGUGUCUUAAAUUUUUUAAAUAUUCUGCUAAAUGCCUUACAUUUGUAAUAUAACAUGCAGAGCAAAUUUAAGAAGAUAUUGUGGAAUACAAAUGAGUUUCCUUUAUAAAGCAUAAUUAGCAUUUUGUAAGUGUUUGUGUAUUCAUAUUUUCUUUAAAAUUCAUGAGAUUGGAAGUUAAAAUGAAAUGUUAAACUGAACUUAAUCUACAUUUUAUUUCAUAGAAUUUAAAGAGAAUUUUCCCUAUUACAUCUAACAAACCUUCAACCUAAAAGACAA